ACAGGACACACUGAAGUACAACUCCUAUUCCAGAGAGGUCAGAGCGACAAGAUUUAAACUACAGUUAUAGCAACAUUACUAGAAAGCAAACGAAGAGAAAAGUUGAUAUAAAGAAAAAGCAAGGAUAAUAAAGAACAUUUGGAAUACUACAAUACCAGAAAUUAUGUCUACAUAUGAAGAAGAGAUCGCCGCUGUUGUCAUUGACAACGGAAGUGGAAUGUGUAAGGCGGGAUUUGCCGGAGAUGAUGCGCCACGUGCAGUUUUCCCCGCCAUUACAGGACGACCUCGUUAUGAUUUGGUCAUGGCUGGUAUGGGUGGAAAAGACUGUUAUGUUGGAGACGAGGCUCAGAACAAACGUGGGAUUCUGUCUCUAAAGUACCCGGUGGAACACGGCAUCGUCACCAACUGGGACGACAUGGAGAAGAUCUGGCACCACACUUUCUACAACGAGCUCCGUGUGGCUCCCGAAGAACAUCCGGUCAUGUUGACAGAGGCGCCACUAAAUCCUAAGGCCAACAGAGAAAAAAUGAUACAGAUAAUGUUCGAGACAUUUAACACGCCCGCCUUCUACGUGGCGAUACAGGCUGUGCUGUCUCUGUACGCCUCCGGACGGACCACGGGCAUCGUGUUUGAUGCCGGGGAUGGCGUGUCACACGUGGUACCUAUCUACGAGGGCUACGCCCUCCCUCACGCCAUCAAACGCGUGGACCUGGCAGGCCGUGACCUCACAGCAUACCUCCAAAGGAUCCUACGCGAGAGAGGUUACAACUUCAAAACUUCUUCUGAAAUGGAGAUUGUCCGUGAUAUGAAGGAGAAGAUGUCAUACGUGGCUCUCGACUUUGAGAGUGAAAUGACGUCAGCAUCAACGUCUUCUACAGUAGAGAAGUCGUAUGAACUACCGGAUGGUGGAAUUGUCACCAUUGGCAACGAACGAUUUCGAUGUCCGGAAGUUCUUUUCCAACCAGGGUUUAUAGGAAUGGAAUCUAAUGGAGUCGUCGAGCAACUACACAACUCAGUCAUGGCUUGUGAUAUCGACACCGCCUUCUACGUGGCGAUACAGGCUGUGCUGUCUCUGUACGCCUCCGGACGGACCACGGGGAUCGUGUUUGAUGCCGGAGAUGGCGUGUCACACGUGGUACCUAUCUACGAGGGCUACGCCCUCCCUCACGCCAUCAAACGCGUGGACCUGGCAGGCCGUGACCUUACAGCAUACCUCCAAAGGAUCCUACGCGAGAGAGGUUACAACUUCAAAACUUCUUCUGAAAUGGAGAUUGUCCGUGAUAUGAAGGAGAAGAUGUCCUACGUGGCUCUCGACUUUGAGAGUGAAAUGACGUCAGCAUCAACGUCUUCUACAGUAGAGAAGUCGUAUGAACUACCGGAUGGUGGAAUUGUCACCAUUGGCAACGAACGAUUUCGGUGUCCGGAAGUUCUUUUCCAACCAGGGUUUAUAGGAAUGGAAUCUAAUGGAGUCCACGAGCUACUGCACAACUCAGUCAUGGCUUGUGAUAUUGACAUCCGACGGGAUCUCUACAGCAAUGUCGUCAUGUCUGGCGGAAGUACUAUGUUUCCAGGUAUGGCUGACCGGUUUAAGAAAGAACUGGAUGGAAUCGUACCAAGCAACAUGAAAGUUAAGGUGAUCGCACCUCCGGAAAGAAAGUAUUCCGUGUGGAUUGGUGGAUCUAUCCUGGGAUCUCUAUCUACAUUCCAACAGAUGUGGAUCUCAAAACAGGAAUAUGAUGAAUGUGGACCAGGAAUUGUUCACAGGAAGUGUUUCUAGACUUGACUUGGAGAUGGCGAUUAAGAUGAUAUCAACGUGUCUUGUAUAUCAGUGAUAUUCUGACAAUGGAAUCUUGCCCGUGAUAAUGCUGACAAUAGUGUCUGGUUCCUGAUAUUCUGACAAUGGAAUGUAGUCCCUGAUACUCUGACAAAGUAACGUAGUACCUGAUAGUCCUUCAAUGGAAUAUUGUUCCUGAUAUUCUGACAAUGGAAUGUAGUCCCUACUAGACUGAACAUGGGGUCUAGUCCGUAACUUACCGAAGGUAAAAUAUGGUCUAAGAUAAACUGGCAAUGAAAUCGGGACCAAAAUGUACCUUGUCAGGGACGGCCUCUGGCGAUUUAUAUUUUGUUUGGUUUACCAUUGAAACGUAAUCUUAAAUCUUCUGAGGUGCCAGUAUGUAAAGUGUUUUUUUAUCUCGUGUAAGAUAUGGAUGUUAGAUCGUUUUAAGGAUUGGUUCUCACUCAAUUGCGACAGUAUUGCAAUAUUUAUCAGAUAUAAAGUGUUACUGUUGUUACAGAACUUUUGAAAUUGCUUAGCAACUAAUUUAGGUUCAUAAAUGUGAAUGUAUUUAGUCUUAACUUCUGUCACUUUCCGUGCCAUUUCUACUGCUCAUUCGAUUAACAUCACAUAAUAAACGUUUAGUUGCAGAUUUAUAAAUAGACUGUUAAAACGGAGACCAGUAUAAGUUAUAGAUCAACCUUUUGCAUCUCGAUAACUUACAUAUCAUCGGAACAGGCAUUUGAAGUAGACUGAAAUGCAUUGUGAUUGUGUCCUAAGAUUAUAUUCUCCGUGAACUAUAAAUUUGUUUAAACGCAUUUCAACAUUUUAAGCAUGUCAAUAAUGCUUACAAUUAAUAGAAAGUUGGACUAUAUAUUUAGUAUUUAUGAUAAUCAUUAUUAUUUAAUAUUGAUUGUUCCUUUUAUUAGAAUUGUUUAUUCACAAACAGCUUGAUUCACAUCACAUCCAUAUUCGACUAUAUUCACUGACAUUGAUAUGUUAGGAUGUAUGUCAAUGUUCCAUAUUUCGUAUGCGUGAAUCGUUUAAUCAUACGUACCUCAUACUUGAAAUUAUUUUGUGAUUAUAAAGUUCAUUUUUAUACUACAUACUCAUAUGCUAUUGAUGAUUUAUUUAUUUAUUUUUAAAUGUUUUGUUGAUAUGUUUUUUAAGUGUAUAUCUAAAGUCAUGGUGUAUAAUAUUUAU